GGCCCCGGCCGGAGCAGGAAGGAGCCGCAUACGGGGCCUCGGCGAGAGCAGCUCCCGCGGGGCGGCCACAGCCCCUGCUCCGCCCGCACGGCUCGGCCCGGCCCGGCCCGGCUCGGCUCGGCCCCGUUCGGCCCCUCCCGGCCCCCGCUGCUCCGCUCCGGCACGCUCCUUUGCCUCGGAGAUGGCGGGCGGCGUGGACGGCCCCAUAGGGAUCCCGUUCCCCGACCACAGCAGCGACAUCCUGAGCAGCCUGAACGAGCAGAGGAACAAUGGGCUGCUGUGUGACGUUGUCAUCUUGGUGGAAGGCCAGGAGUUCCCCACCCACCGCUCCGUCCUGGCGGCGUGCAGCCAGUACUUCAAGAAGCUCUUCACCUCAGGGUUAGUGGUGGACCAGCAAAACGUGUAUGAGAUAGACUUUGUGAGCGCCGACGCCUUGUCGGCCCUGCUGGAGUUCGCCUACACCGCGACCCUUACCGUCAGCACUUCGAACGUCAGCGACAUCCUCAACGCCGCCAAACUGCUGGAGAUCCCGGCGGUAAGGGAUGUUUGCACGGAUCUCCUGGACAGGAAGAUUCUGGCCAAAAAUGACCAGAUGGAUAUAGUAGAUCAAAUUGAUCAGAGGAACCAUCUCAGAGCAAAAGAGUACCUGGAGUUCUUCCAGAGCAACCCCGUCAACGGCCACCAAGGCAGCUUUCCGUGGACCAACUCAGAGUUGAGAGACCUUCAGAGACUGAACUUCCGAGGCCAAGAGGAAGAGGAGGAGCCGGACUGCAACGGCAUGGACUUCUACUCGCAAGCCCCCCUAAACGAAAGACCAAAGGCGAAUGACUGUGAUCCCGACAGCAACCCGGCCAUGUGGCUGGACAGAGAAGAGGACGAGGCAGCGGCGGUGGCGGCGGCGGUGGCGGCCCCCGGCUCCAUGUACUCGCCCUCUCAGAACGGACAUUACAGCAGCCGCGGCCUGCCCACGCCGGGAGAAGAGGAGGUGACUUCGGGGGGCCCCCUGGACCAGCAGGAGCCCGGCGACUCCCCCGGCUUCGUGGCCACCGGGGCAGACACGGAGGACGACGCGCGGGAGGUGGACGGCCUGGCCGCCAGCGCCCUGCUGCAGCAAAUGAUCAACUCGGUGGGGAGACAGCAGCUGGGGGACGACGACCGAAAGGACGACGACGGGGUGAUGGAUUAUUACUUGAAAUACUUCAGCAGUUCGAACGAGGGCGACGUCUACCCGUCCUGGUCCCAGAAGGUGGAGAAGAAGAUCAGGGCGAAAGCAUUCCAAAAGUGCCCCAUCUGUGAAAAGGUGAUCCAGGGGGCCGGCAAGCUGCCGCGCCACAUCCGCACCCACACCGGCGAGAAGCCCUACGAGUGCGACAUCUGCAAGGUCCGAUUCACCAGGCAGGACAAGCUGAAGGUUCACAUGAGGAAACACACAGGGGAGAAACCUUACUUGUGCCAGCAGUGCGGAGCCGCUUUUGCUCACAACUACGACUUGAAGAACCACAUGCGCGUGCACACCGGCCUGCGGCCCUAUCAGUGUGACAGCUGCUUCAAGACUUUCGUCCGCUCUGACCACUUGCACAGGCACCUUAAAAAAGAUGGGUGCAACGGCAUCCCGUCCCGGAGGGGCCGCAAGCCCCGGGUGAGAGAUGCCGGGGGGCUGCCCACCCCCACAGGGAACCCCGAAGACGGAAGCUUUCAAGCCGGGGGGGAGAGUCAAGAAUCAGAGGACACCGUGCAGAGGAACGGCCAAGAGCAGCACUUUGAAGAUAGUUCUAAUAAUGAAGCGCCAGGAUUGAAUGUAGCAGGAGGGUCGUCCGAGGGCAACACGCAAGGACUCUCCUAAACCAAAAAAAAACCAGAAAGUGUCACAAAAUCUAGUUAGUACUUUUUCCUCCGAUUUUUUUCUCUUUAAAAGAUGUUUCUCUCCCUUUUUUUUAAAAAAAAGAAAAAAAAUUGAAAUAUAUAUAUAUAUUAUGUUUCCAAUCUUCCCAUCGUAACCAGGGCUCCCCCGAGGAUCCCUCCGUAGCCAAGGACCUUUUGGUGGAAAGGCAGACGCUAGGAAGCGUGGGGCGGGGAUGGAGAGCGGCUCUGUUGCAUGGAAAGGAGCUUCCAUGUAAAUCCAAAGCUUUAUUUUGUGUCCAAACACACGUUAAAAAAAAGAAAUUAUUUCAGAGAGAUAUCUAUUUAAAAAAAAAAAAAUAGAAAAAAAUGGUAAGAGUUUGAAGGGCUCUUUCAGGGCGGGCGGUACACGCGGUGCCUCGGAGGGCUGGGAAGGAGCGGGCCCGGCCUUCUCGCCUCCGUUUUUGCAAAGCUAAAAAAGCUCCACGCGGGGUGCUCAGGUGCUGACGUCCUGGGAUCGGGAUCGGGAUCAUUUUUUUGGGGUAGGGAGCGGGGCCCUGCCGCCCGGCCCCCCGCUGCGGCACCCAUCCGCCAGCGCCUGGUGGUGAGCGGAGCCGCGGGCAGGGCUCGGUGGCAGAAUCGCCCGGCUGCCCCCGCAGGGUUUUUUGGGGUCGCUGCCCCCGCAGGGGGUUUGUGGGGUCGCUCUCAGCACCGGGUGUGCGUCGGCCCCGUCCCAAACCCGGCUUUGGGGCCGUGGGCGUGUGGCUGCGCCCGGUGCUGCCGCCGGCCCCGGCGCGCACCCUAGGCCCAGAGCCGGCCGCGGACGGGGCCACCGGGCCCAAACGGCGUUUUUCUGCCAUCGGGGAGUUGGUUUUUUUGGUUUUUUUUUGCUGGGCCAGGCCCUACAGGAUCUCCACCUCGCCCCCCCCCUCUCCCCUAGGGUGUUUUUGUUGGCUCCUGGACCCAAACUCUGCUCCCCCCCCCACCCCCCCACCCCCAGACCCCAGCAGGCGCUGCUGAGGCCUCUCCCCGCUCGUGGCACCCACGGCUCGCAGCGGGGCCGUGGUGUGGGUGCAGCCAAAAACCCCCCUCGGUGCCCGGGGACCCCUCAGGAAUAGGGCCCGGCCCCGGCCCCGGGGCUGUGCCGUGCGCCCACCGAGGCGAGGCCGGGGGCUGGGGGUCACCGCCACCCCCCCUUCCGUCCCCGUCCCCGUCCCAUAUUUUUAGGCACUCGGUCAGAGCCAGCAGUGUUCCCGCACGCCCAGAAAGCGCCUAAAAAUGGCAGAUUCCUUUUAAAAAAGGUUAUUUGAGGACUCCCUUAAAGGGGAAGGAGGCUUUUGGCAGGAGGAGCUGGGAGGGGCGAAGCCAAGCGCCGGCCGCGGCGGUUUGCGGCUUUAUGGCUGCGCAGCCGGGGCUGGACACCGGCGGCACCGUCACCCGUCGGGCACUGUCACCAUACGGUCCCCGUUGUCACCAUACGGUCCCCGUUGUCACCGUACGGUCCCCGUAUGGUCACCGUCACCGUACGGUCACCGAGCUCCACCCAGCCCCUCAAGCCAUGGCCACCCCAAACGUGGUUUGGGGGUUUUUGGGAGGCCGCCCUCCUCUUCCUCGGUCCCACACCGGGGCUGUGGGAGCAGGCAGGGGGUCCCCAAAAAUGCUGACCGACCCCGGUUCCCCCCCCCCCCCCCCCCACGCCCCGGGAUGGAGGCGAUUUACGGCCUCAGAGCAGAGGCCGGGGUGCGCCAUGCGCAUCCCCCCCCCCCGGGUUAGCAGAGGGCGAUAGCAGAGGCACCUUUCAGCCGGUCACCUGUUUUCUAAAUGCACAUUUUUUGAAAAAAAAAGAGAUUUUAGUCCUUUUAUUUUGAAAGCACUUUUUAGAUUCUUUUUUUUUUUUUUUUUUUUUUCCCUUUUCGGUGUUUGUUUUUUAACUUUCAAAGCAAGAGCAGGUUUGGCCGAAUGUAUUUUGGAGAGGGAGUGAGAGGGGAGUGUGUGAUGGGGGGAGGGCUUGAGUGAUGGGGUGGGGGAGAGACGGAUGUUUAUUUAAUGCAGAAAAAAGCAAUAAAAAUAAAAAACUAUUAUAAAAAAAUAAAAAAAAAAAAACAAAAACAAAGAAGUCUUAGCACUUUGCGAUGGAACGGGUACUUUGAGAUCACUUUAUCUUAAUUUAAAAAGCAAAAGCAAAAGAUGUUUACAAGUCAAAACCAACUUCUACGGAAAAAAAAUAUUAUUAAAAAUCCUAAAUUUAUUUUUGUAAGAAAAAUGUGUAUAUAUAUAUAUAUAUUUAAAAAAAAAAACACGUAGGCAGAAUCCAAGGUAUAUUUCAUGGAGUAAUAAAAGCCGAAAGGUGUCCAAUGUGAGGAACGAUGCUAAUUAGGUUCUGUGACAUGCCCUGAAAAUAGACCCUCAGAAGUCGUUGCACUUCACAAAAAAAAUGGAAGCUUGAAUUUUAGGCAGGAAUCAUGGUUUUUGUUUUGUUUUUGUGUAUUGUUAAUUUCUCCCCCCCCCCCCCCACGCCCCUCUCUUUUUUUUAAAAAAAAACAAGAAAACGACAAAAAUUGUUAAAUGUUUCAUAGCCAGUGCUUCUCCAGAUGUGUCUCCUGUCCCCGGCCUGGUUGUGCCCGCGGACCCAGCUCUGUGGUGUGGGGCCGGAGCUGUGGGGCCUGGUCCAUGGGGUCAGUGCUGCAGGGCCUGGUCCCAUGGGGCUGGAGCUAUGGGGUCGGUACUUUGGGGCCUGGUCCCAUGGGGUCAGCGCUUUGGGGCCUGGUCUCCAUGGGGCUGAAGCUGUGGGGCCUGGUCCCAUGGGGUCAGUUUUUGGGGCCUGGUCCCAUGGGGCUGAAGCUGUGGGGCCUGGUCCCAUGGGGUCAGUUUUUGGGGCCUGGUCCCAUGGGGUCAGUGCUGCAGGGCCUGGUCCCAUGGGGUCAGUGCUUUGGGCCUGGUCCCAUGGGGCUGAAGCUGUGGGGCCUGGUCCCAUGGGGUCAGUUUUUGGGGCCUGGUCCCAUGGGGUCGGUGCUUUGGGCCUGGUCCCAUGGGGCCGGAGCUGUGAGGCCUUGUCCUAUGGGGCCAGUUCCGUGUGCCCUCUGCCACCACCCUCGCACCCAGCCCCAUCCUCCAGCCCCCCCCCUGCCCGCAGCCCACCCCGAGCCAAUUCGGGGGGCCCUGGGUGUCCCUCGUCCCCUAUCUCUGUUUGGGGGCCCCGCCUGGGCGCCGCAGAUAAACCCCGUGCCUGCCCCCACCGCCGCCCGCCCUCCCCGGAGGCUGGUGCCAAGCCCCUCGCCUUGCAGCACCGUGUCCCCCCCCUGGCACGGGGCCCUGUCCCCUGUCCCCAUGUGUCAGUGAGUGCCUUGGGGACGGGGACGGGUCCCAGGGCCCUUUGGGGCCGAACCUCUGCUGAGCACUGGCUAACUCUGGCAUAUGCAAAAAAAACAACAAAAAACCUAGCGUGGACUUGUAAAUAGACAGUUACUUGAGGUUCUUUCUUGUAAUCAACGUUGUGGUAUUUUCUUUUCUAGUUUGUGUUACUUCUCCUGCUCUUCUCUGUCCCCCCCCCCCCCAUCGCCUCUCUUCUCCUUUUCCCCCCUCCCCAGCCCCAAAGGAGCAUUUUGGAAGCUUGGUGUUUCUCCCCCGGCCACCUUGGAAGGAAAACCCAGCGCCCUUUUCCUCCCCUGCCACUGAAGGUGGACGGCAAAAAAAAAGGAAAAAGGACAAAAAAUAAGGAAAAAAAAAAAAAAGAGAGAAAGAGAGAAAGAAUUAGUCUCAGGAUUCCCCGUGGAGAGCGCGUCCCCAGCCCGCGAUGUCCCCGCCGGACACUAACCCCCCCCCCCCCCCGUGGCCUCUCCCGCGCCGCCGGACGGACGCCCCCCCGUUUGCUGGCAACACUUUAGCACAAGUUUGAGUUUGCACUAAAAAAAAAACCACGAAAAUUGAAAAAAAAAGGAAAAAAUAAAAAACCAACCUCCCCCGGCCGACCCAGGAGCGAUCCGUGCCCAUCUCGGCGGGGGGGGGUCCCACGCCUUAACCCCCCCGAGCCGUGCGAGGGACACGGAGGAAAAUCCAAGCGCCUGCAGCCCCCCCCCCGAUCGUAUUCUGUAUAUAAGCACCAAUUUGUUGUCAUUGUUGUCAUUUAUUAUUAUUAUUUUUUUUUCAAUUCAGGUUGUGAUAAAGUGUUGCCAAAGAUACUGCUGAGUUACGACGUUUCAGGAAAAAAAAAAAAAAAAAAGGAAAUGAGAGGAAAAAAGAAAAAAAUAGAGCCUAAAAAAAAAUAAAAUAAAAGGAAAGAGCUCCUUGGAAAGCAGACACAGAAAUCAAACUGACACAGUAAAAAAAAAAAGAAAGUUUAAAAAGAAAAAAAAAGAUUUCUGCCUGGUUUUCUUUUUUUUUUUUUUUUUUUGGUACAGAAGAGGAAAAAAAAAAAAAACAGCCCAGGGCAGUGGGGCCGGGGGGGGGCACAGAUGGCAGCGAGCCCUGGCCCCAAAGCUGGGGGGGUCUAUGGCUCGUUUGGGGUCAGCGGUUGCAGGGGGGGGGGUCCUGCACUGGCUUCACCCCCUGCCAGGUAUGGGAGGUAUUAAGGGGGGGGUAACCCAGAUUUGGGCUCCUUACCCCCCCUCUUUUAAAGAUGCUGCAUCCCCCCCCCCCCCCCCCCCCCCUCCCCCCCAUGGCACCAGUGCAGGGGCUCCGGCCCCACAGCAAUGGGGCUGGGGGGGGGGGGUCCCAGCAGUGCAGGGAUCGUCCCCCCACCCUCAGCUGGGCCAGGGGGGGCUCAGGCAGUGUGAAGGGGAAUCCCCCCCCCAAGGAAAAGGGCUCAGCCCCCCCCCUUCUCCUUCAGCCCCCCCACUCCCAGUGCCGGCGCCCCCAGCCCCAGGGUCAUGUUCCCCCCCCCAUAGCGCUCCCAAGGCCUGAUUCGACUAUUUAAAAAAUAUCUAUCUAUAUAUCUAUCUAUUUAUAUUUUCGAGUUAUUAUGAAAGUUUUUAUUUAAAUAAAGAGGAACACUUUAAAAAAAUAUAUAAAAAAAAAGAGCAGUUCCCACAUCACAGGACCGAGCUUUCGGAGCCGGGAGGGUCGGCGGGGUGGGGUGAGGGUUUUUUUUUUGGGGGGGGGGGAGGAGGGAGCUGCUCGGGACGAGCAGCAAAAAAUGCUGCAGCGAAAUUCAGUUUUCCAAAAAUUAUAUAUAUAUAUACACACACCCCGAGAGCCGAUUUGUUCUGGGGCAGGUGGGGCACGCGUGAGCCCGAGCCCAGGAACUAAAGCGAUUUGGUGCCAGGAGGCAGAGAGGAGAUUCGAGAUGGGGCCACAAUUUUUUAUUUUAAUUUUUUUUUUCUUUUUUUUUUUUUUUUUCUCUGCGUCUUUAUAUAUAAUCUAUUAAAAAAAACCAAAAAAACAAAAAAACAAAAAACGAGAGGUUUCUCUUCUUAUAAAAGCACUCGCAAAGGUUCAUCGGUUUUAUGUGUUCAACUACUUUUUGUGGUAUCUGGGUAACGAGCGAGGUGAGAAAAGCACAGAAAAGACAUUCCAUAGAUUGUAACUUUGAUAGCUCUUUAUAAAAACGUGUGGGAGACGAGAAAAAAAAAAUAAAAUAAUAAAAAAUGCACUUUUGGGGGGGGCUUUAAAAAAAUAAAAUAUAUAUUAAAAAUA